UGCCUGCUCCUUGCUGUAACCUCGCCAUGGCGUCGUGUCUCUACUCUCUCAGUAACAGAAAGUGGCCGCCUCUCUGCUGUUGCUGCCGACUCAAAGCUCACAGACUCGCUCGGCGCCUCAAACCGCCAUUUUGGAGUCCGAGAGCCGAGAGUCGGUAGCAGCGCCGAGAGAGACUGAAAGGGGGACACGGGGCCGAGACUCAUUCAUCUUUUUCUGUUCCUCCAUCCUGGAAUAAAGAAAAUGCCAUCUCUUACUGAGAAGUGGCAGAAAUCAUCACACCUACACAUCUUGGUAUAAUCCAGUGACAGAUCCUGCCCUGCUGGGGCAGAGAAGACUGCUGCAUGGCGUCAGGGCAGGGUGGCCGGCUGGAGGUGGGGGCAUCAGGGGUCUCUGGACUGGCCAAACCCCUCUACCUGCAGCGCUUAGAGAGAUCCCUGAAGUUGGAUACUUUUCUGCGCCAAACUGCAGCUGUUUUUAAUAGAGACAUAACCAGUGAUGAUAGUGAUGACAGUGAUGGGGCAAUGGGACCAGGGCUUUCCUUGGAUCUCUCGGCUCAGCACACAGCUCUUACAGUAAAGAGUGAGCCGUGUGAGCAAGAGGAUGGACUCCCUGACAGCAAACCCCUCAACGGGGUCCUCCUGCCAGGAAAAGACCAAAAGGCAGACAAAGCAAGCCUCUAUAAUUUUUCCAAACUGAAGAAGAACCGGAAGUGGCUCAAGAACAUCCUGCUUAGUGACGACACCUCCGACUCGGACACCGACUCGGAUGAUGCCAGCUUCAGCUUGUCUCGAGAGGAGCUGCACGACAUGCUUAGGCUACACCGUUACAUGAGGCAGCAUCAGAGCAGGUUCUACUCUGACCGAGAGCUUUACCAGUAUCAGCACUACAGCACUGGACUCCUGUCGACUCAAGACCCUUUCUAUGAGCAGCAGCGUCAUCUACUGGGCCCAAAGAAAAAGAAAAUUAAAGAUGAAAAGAAAUGUAAGGCCAAACUGAAAAAGCCCGUGCUGAAGAAGAAGCACCUUACUGUUGAGCAGCUGAAUGCACGCCGGCGCAAAGUGUGGCUCGCAAUAGCCAAAAAGGAGAUCCCGAAGUCUGUCAAGCAGAAGACUUCUGCUAAGAACUUAUUACUGACCAACGCCAAAAAGCUGGCUCACCAGUGCAUGCGCGAGGUCCGACGGGCAGCGAUUCAGGCUCAGAAAAACUGCAAAGAGACGCUGCCCCGUGCCCGGCGCCUCACCAAGGAGAUGAUGCUCUACUGGAAGAAGUACGACAAAGUGGAAAAAGAGCACAGAAAGAGGGCGGAGAAGGAAGCAUUAGAGCAGCGAAAACUGGACGAAGAGAUGAGAGAGGCCAAGCGCCAGCAACGCAAACUGAAUUUCCUCAUCACCCAGACGGAGCUCUAUGCUCAUUUCAUGAGUGGCAAAGCCAGCGUGGGGGUUCCGGGAGGAGACACGGCUCAGGAGGAAAUCCUGAGAAAGCUGGAAGACAAUGCAGCCCAGAGACAAAUAGACAUCGGUGGAGGGGUCAUGGUCAACAUGGGACAGGAGGACUAUGAUAGUGAAUACUACAAGUCGCAGGCCCUGAGGAAUGCCAAAGAGGCUUAUCAGAUCCACCAAGAGAAAACGCGGAUGUUCGAUGAAGAGGCCAAAGACAGCCGCAGCGCCUCCCUCCACGCAGCCGUAGGUUUGUCCUCGGGCGCCGGCUCCGGGUUCGGAGAAAGCUACAGCCUCUCCAACCCCUCCAUCCAAGCAGGAGACGACAUUCCCCAGCCCACCAUCUUCAACGGAAAGCUGAAGGGCUACCAACUGAAAGGCAUGAACUGGCUGGCCAACCUCUACGAACAGGGAAUUAAUGGAAUCUUGGCUGAUGAAAUGGGCCUGGGGAAGACAGUUCAGAGUAUCGCCCUGUUGGCCCACUUAGCAGAGCGUGACAACAUCUGGGGCCCGUUCCUGAUAAUCUCUCCGGCGUCCACGCUCAACAACUGGCAUCAAGAGUUCACCCGCUUUGUGCCCAAAUUCAAGGUGUUACCGUACUGGGGGAACCCGCAUGAUCGGAAAGUGAUCCGAAAGUUUUGGAGUCAGAAAACCCUUUACACGCAAAACGCACCCUUCCACGUGGUAAUCACCAGCUACCAGUUAGUUGUCCAAGAUGUCAAGUACUUUCAGCGGGUCAAGUGGCAGUACAUGGUUCUGGAUGAGGCGCAGGCGCUGAAAAGCAGCACCAGUGUUCGGUGGAAAAUCCUCCUGCAGUUCCAGUGUCGAAACAGACUCCUGCUGACCGGGACGCCCAUCCAGAACACCAUGGCCGAGCUGUGGGCCCUGCUGCACUUCAUCAUGCCCACGCUGUUUGAUUCCCAUGAAGAGUUUAACGAGUGGUUCUCCAAGGACAUCGAGAGCCACGCCGAAAACAAGUCUGCCAUCGACGAGAAUCAGCUUUCCAGACUCCACAUGAUCCUCAAGCCCUUCAUGCUGCGCAGAAUCAAGAAGGAUGUGGAAAACGAGCUCUCAGACAAGAUUGAAAUCCUUAGCUACUGUCAGCUGACAUCCCGACAGCGGUUGCUCUACCAGGCGCUGCGGAACAAGAUCUCUAUCGAGGACCUGCUUCAGUCCUCCAUGGGCACCGCCCAGCAGUCCCACAGCACCACCUCCUCCCUCAUGAACCUGGUCAUGCAGUUCAGGAAGGUUUGCAACCACCCCGACCUGUUUGAGCGCCAGGAAACCCGCUCUCCUUUCCACAUGUCCCUCAAGCCUUACAUCAUGUCAAAGUUCCUGUACCGCCAUGGCCUCAUCAGUGCUCACAGCCAGGCCAAGAACAAAUUACUGCGGGCGCUCAUGUCUCCCUUCUCCCCAAAUCACAUCCAGCAGUCUCUCUUUCACAGAAACGGUGAUGACAAAGGAAGCUGCUUCUCCUUCUUGCGCUUUAUCGACGUGUCGCCAGCAGAAAUGUCCAAUUUGAUGUUACAAGGCACCUUAGUAAGAUGGUUAGCCCUUUUUCUGUCCCUGAAAGCUGCAUACCGGCUCCACUUUCAACGCCUGUUUGGCCAUGAGGAAAAGGGCCAGAAAGAUGCCGGAGUCCAUGAUGGAAACCAAGAGAAGCAGCCGCCCAAGAUCAAGUGUCUGUCUCACAAAGACUUGAUUCUGUGGCUUAACAGGCCCAUGGCCUUCCCCAACACGCACACCAGUCCUGUCCUGCAGGAUUUGGUGUUCACAGCACUGAGACCUGGCAUGAUGGGACACGCGGAUGUGAAGAUCCACAGCAGGAAGUGUGCCACCUUCACGCUCCGGCCCUGCCAGCCCACACUGCCACCCAAGUUCCUGCUCGCCGCCACACCCAAGGUGACAGCAGUUCCCAUGGAGCGUUAUUGUGACGACCGAAGCGCCGAGUACGAAUGGCGGGAGACGCGCGGCGGAGGGGGCAAGAUCUUCAGACAGUGCUUUCUGUACGGCUCCCCUGAACUGGCAUCAGAGUGGUGUGCCAGGGCAAACACCUUCCACCCAGGAAGCCCCGGGGGCGUGAUGGCCCUUUACCCUCGCCAUGGAUGGUCCUUCAUACGUAUACCUGAUAAGGAGAGCCUGAUCACAGAGAGCGGUAAGCUCCACAAGCUGGACAUCCUGUUGAAUCGGCUGAAGGGUCAGGGACACAGAGUCCUCAUCUACUCCCAGAUGACGCGCAUGAUAGACCUGCUUGAGGAGUACAUGGUUUAUCGUAAGCACACCUAUAUUCGCCUUGAUGGAUCCUCCAAGAUUUCUGAACGCAGAGACAUGGUGGCCGACUUCCAGAGCCGAACGGAUAUCUUUGUAUUCCUGCUCAGCACGAGAGCGGGAGGACUUGGCAUUAACCUGACGGCUGCUGACACUGUUAUCUUCUAUGACAGUGACUGGAACCCCACCGUGGACCAACAGGCCAUGGACAGGGCUCACAGGCUGGGUCAGACCAAGCAGGUCACCGUCUACCGCCUCAUCUGUCAGGGCACGAUCGAGGAGAGGAUCCUGCAGCGGGCCAAGGAGAAGAGCGAGAUCCAAAGGGUGGUCAUCUCUGGAGGCAACUUCAAACCAGACACGCUCAAACCCAAAGAGGUGGUGAGCCUGCUUUUAGAUGACGACGAGCUAGAGAAGAAGCUGCGUCAGAGACAGGAGGAGAAGCGGCAGCUGGAAGAGUGCAGCAAAGUGAAGGAACGCAAGAGGAAGAGGGAGAAGUACGCCGAGAAGCAGAAAAAAAACGAGGAGUCCGAGAACAAGAAGAAAAGGGAGGUGAACCUGGUCAUCUCCCACACGGCCUCGGCCGACAACUCCAACCUGUCGGCGGACGGGGACGACUCCUUCAUCAGCGUGGAGAUGGACUCGGCCAUUCCUAGCCCCUUCAGCGAGAUCUCCCUGAGCAGCGAGCUGCAGCCCGGCUCUCUCCCCCCGGACGCCGACGCUGAUGAGAGCAGCAGCGACAUGCUGGUCAUCGUGGACGAUCCCGUGUCCUCCGCGCCCGCCUCUCGAGCCACCAACUCCCCGGCAUCCGUGUCGGGAUCGGUCUCCGACAACAUGAACGGUGUUUCGGCCUCUGACACCAUCAGUCCCGGCCGGGGCCGGUCCGGGCGGAGCCGCGGGCGGCCCAAAGGCUCGGGAGGCGGGCCAAAGUCCGCGGGGAAAGGACGGGGACGCAAGUCGACGGCUGGGAGCGCGGCGGCCAUGGCCGGAGCCAUGGCGGGCGCGGCGGCAGCCUCAGCCGCCGCCUACGCCGCGUACGGCUACAGCGUCACCAAAGCCGGCCUCCCCGCCUCCGGCGCCCUGCAGCCGUCGCUCGGCCGCUCGGGGACCGGCCCUGCCUUCAACCCCAGCCGAAGCUCCUCCCCGCAGGCCAGAGGAGGCUCUGCCACCCCGAGCCCCCACAAGCAGCCGGCCCACGGCCACCACCACCACCACAGCGGCCACGCCGCCAUCAGGAAGGGCAAAGGCCCCGGCGGCCCCGGCGGCCCCGGCGCCCGGUGA